ACCUUACCCUGUCAACGUCUGCAGAGCAAACUCAGCCACUUCACUGCCAGAGACCAGACCUCUCUCUUUCUCUCUCUCUUUCGUUCCCUUUACACCCCUAAAAACUAUCAUUUUGCUUUGGAAUGGACAUCUGACUCCAUUAAUUUCCGCUUAAAAAGAAAGAUUCAGACAGAAACAUUUACGGAAGUGUCCAUUGUCUUCCCUGCCCUCUGAUUCAGGUAAGGAUCUUGAGAUAUUUGAUGCACAGAUAACCAUUUUUCUCCCCAUUUAGUGCUGAACUGGCGCUGGUCCACAUUGGUAAGAAAUUGAUGUUUCAUUGUGGUGGCAUCUGCCCUCUGGAACUCCCUGCUUAUUGACAUCAACAGAAGUCUAGUGUCCACAUCAAGGGAAGUAAUGGUACCACUCUAUUCUACCUUGGUCAGGCCACAACUGGAAUACUGUGUUCAGUUCUGGGCACCAAAAUUUGAGAAGGGUGUUGACAAGCUGGAAGGUGUGCAGAGGAGGGCGACCAAGAUGAUCAAGGGUCUGGAAACCAGACCAUAUGAGGAACGGUUGAAGGAGCUGGGUAGGUUUAGCCGGGGAAAGAGGAGACUGAGAGGAGAUAGGAGAGCCAUCUUCAAAUAUCUCAAAGGCUGCCACACAGAAAAUGGAGCAUCUUGUUUUCUCCUGCUCUGGAGGGUAGGACUCAAACCCGUGGCUUCAAGUUACAACGAAGGAGAUUCUGACUAAAUGUCAGGAAUAACUUUCUGACAGUAAGAGCUGUUCGACAGUGGAACAAUCUCCCUCAGGAGGUGGUGGGCUCUCCUUCCUUGGAGGUUUUUAAGCAGAGGUUGGAUGGCCAUCUGUCCUGGAUGCUUUAGCUGAGAUUUCUGCAUUGCAGGGGGUUGGACUAGAUGUCCCUUGGGGUCCCAUCCAACUCUACAAUUCUGUGAUCAGGGGACACCUUCUUCACUGUACUCUUUCCUGUGCCCUAAAUACAUUUUCGUUGCUGUUUAGACAAGCCUUUCCAAACAUGUGGAAUCGUAGAGUUGGAAAGAAUCACAAGGGCCAUCUAUUCCCACCCCGUGCCGUGCAGGAAUGUUGACAUACUUUUUAAUCUGUUUUCAUUUUGUCACAGGUUUUAUCUUUGGAAAGUUUUAAAGAAUUGUUUCCCCCAAUACUUUUAAUGGCCUUAAUUCUAUUGAGAAACACCACUUUGAGAUUGUUGUUGUUCUAUGAACAAGUGGUAUAGACAUUUUAUGGAAAAAGCACACAACAACAAAAAAUUGGGGGGUUCAAGGUGGGGUUUCAGGGAUUGAACUUCAAGGGGGUCCUUGGUUCUUAAAGGUUGUUUAGGGUGGGCUGGCGUUGGGUUUAGAUAGACCGGUGGUGUGAUUUCGUGUAAGACAGCGUCCUAUUUAAAUCAGCCGCUUAUCCAAAACCACAGGACUAGAAACAUCUUCGCAGGCAGAAGGUCCUGGGUUCAGUCCCCUGCCUGAAAGCCUGGAGACCCACCUUCAAUCAUUGCAAAUAGUCCUGAGCUUGAUUGACUUGGUAUAUAUAGCCAGAGUUUUUGUUAGGGGGGCAGACCUUUUGUUGAGUGGGGCAAAACCUCAGUUUGCUAUGUAUUUUUAUUGAUUUUUAUUCAUUGGGGGGCAGCUGCCCCUCCCUGCCCCCUUGGCUACACCCAUGUAUAUGUCCCUAUCUAAAUCAGAAUCAUGAGGACCAGAAACUAACUUUAGAUUUACAGGGGAGGCCACAGCUCAGUUGCAGGGGAAUCUGCUGAAAGGCAGCUGUCUACAUUCCCAGUCAACCCUGUCAAAUGCUUUCUCCAGAACCGCCAGGACUUAGCAAACUUAGUUUUACUUUCAGGGCAAGGCAGGAGCUCCCUGGCUACUUUGCCUGCAGAAGGUCCCAUGUUCAAGCUGCCAACCAGUGUAAACAAUACUGAGCUCGAUGGCCCAGGGGUCUGACACAGUGCAAUGGAGUUUCUUUUUAAAAAAUAAAACAAAAUGUCCAAAAAUUCCACAUAAAAUUCCAGUGCAAAUUUUAAAAGAUUUAUUUCAUAUUGUUGACGUCACAUCCCAUUUUCUGUUAUGUUUUUCUUAUCCCCCCCCUUUGCUGUAUUCUGCCUUCCCUCUGUAUUAUCAUAGUCAUAACACAAUGAUAUUUAAUUAUUUCUGUUGCUCAUAGUUCGAAACCUGAUCACAGAUUCUUCAUGUUCUGUGUCCUGCUCAGAGCAAAAUCAUUGCAGGCUGUUUUAUUUAGUUCCUUUGAUUUCAGUCAGUUCCUCUGUGCUUAACUUAGCCAGACACUACUCACAGUCCUAUUCAGAGUAGUCCCCGUUGGACUCGCUUUGGCCCAUCAGUUUCCAACGGGUCUUCUCUGAGCUAAAAAUUUUCAAUGUUUGCAGAGGAAGUGGAGUCUUGCGAUUGACAUCUAUAGUGUGACUUGGGGUUGAUUUCGGUUUCUCUCAAGUUUUCCACCCUUCCAGUUUUCAGUUUCUCAUGUUUCCACAUCCGUUUGCAAACUUUAAUAAAAUAAUUUUAAAAACCCUGAUGGAAGUUCAUUAGCACUUUUGCCUCCCAUCGACGGGUUUCUGUGUGGAGUUUCCCUAAUAUGAUGCAUCCCCACGUGUUAUUUUUGCAAAUUUGUGCACGAUUGCCGACACACAUUUCCACCGAGUGUCUGCACAUUUUGAGCUGUGCUUCAUUUGCGGGGGCUGCAUCAUUCGAGUUCGGAGGCUUGUAAAAUGAAAUUUUACAAGCUGGCUGGCAGACAUGAAUGCCACAUUGGUGGUGAACGACAGGCCAAUGUGAUUUAGGGACAAGUAUUGACUGCUUGGGUCUUGCAUACUCAAUAGGGUUAUAACUUUCUGACUCCCCCCCACCAAAUACCUGAUUUCCUGUGUCAUAAAGGGACGAACUUUUGCUUAGAAACACUGAAAAAGGGACUAAUUGUUCUCAGUUGUGAAAAAAGGUCACCCCGAAAGUUGGAGUCACCAUAUAUGUACUUUGAAAAUGGCUUCAAGAACUUGUCACAAAAAUGCUUACAAAAAAGCAUUGCAGGUGUUGGAGAAUCACUGGAAGCAGGAGCCAUCCGUACUCCAGACACCAAGAACGGAUCCAUGCGCAGAACGCGCAAUCCAAGUGAUGUGGGAAUGUUAUGGUUCUCGCAGCAGAAACAAAGACCAGCUGCAACCUUGAUUUAUUCUAGGUGAUUAAGAAGAGAUGUACAAUGUACAAAACAUUGUACAAGUAUUAAAAAAUUUGCAAGCUCUAUUUCCCCCCAUAUUAUAAUACAUGCUAUGCAUAUUACAUAAUAUGUUAAAAAGGUAAAGGACCCCUGACAGUUAAGUCCAGUUGCGAACGACUCUGGGGUUGCGGCGCUCAUCUCGCUUUAUUGACUGAGGGAGCCAGUGUUUGUCCGCAGACAGUUUUUCCGGGUCAUGUGGCCAGCAGGACUAAGCCGCUUCUGGCGAACCAGAGCAGUGCACGGAAAUGCCAUUUACCUUCCCGCCGGAGCGGUACCUAUUUAUCUACUUGCACUUUGACGUGCUUUCGAACUGCUAGGUUGGCAGGAGCAGGGACCGAGCAACAGGAGCUCACCCCGUCGUGGGGAUUCGAACCGCCGACCUUCUGAUCGGCAAGUCCUAGGCUCUGUGGUUUAGACCACAGCACCACCCAUGUCCCUACAUAAUAUGUUAUACAGCUACAAAUACAAAAAUGGAUGUAUUGAUUUCAGGGUGACUUUUUUUUCCAAAAUAUUUGGAAAUGAUAGCUCAUUCCUUUGUUUUUAGGCAAAAAUUCAUGAGGCUGUAAAAAAGUUAUAACCCUAAUGCUCAUCCUGUAUAGAAAUGGGUGUUUGGUUUUGUCCCCCCCCCCCCCCCGCAGAAGAGAAAAGGCUCAGGACAGGUUGAGAGGGGGGGAUCCAAGCACGUGCACAGUCCCAAAGCAAGACCCUUGGGCAAACUUUUCCAACAAACUAUUUUGGGGUGGGGGGACUUACCCAUUCAACCUAUAAACAUAAAUUGCCUUGGGCUUCAUUUGCGGGGGCUGCAUCAUUCGAGUUCGGAGGCUUGUAAAAUGAAAUUUUACAAGCUGGCUGGCAGAUAUGAAUGCCACAUUGGUGGUGAACGACAGGCCAAUGUGAUUUAGGGACAAGUAUUGACUGCUUGGGUCUUGCAUGCUCAAUAGGGUUAUAACUUUCUGACUCCCCCCCACCAAAUACCUGAUUUCCUGUGUCAUAAAGGGACAAACUUUUGCUUAGAAACACUGAAAAAGGGACUAAUUGUUCUCAGUUGUGAAAAAAGGUCACCCCGAAAGUUGGAGUCACCAUAUAUGUACUUUGAAAAUGGCUUCAAGAACUUGUCACAAAAAUGCUUACAAAAAAGCAUUGCAGGUGUUGGAGAAUCACUGGAAGCAGGAGUGCUCAAAAAAGGUUGAGCCUCAAAGAAGGUUGAGCAAUUGUACAUUUCCGAGCACAAUUCAGUGUUGGUGCUGACCUUUAAAGCCCUAAACGGCCUCGGUCCAGUAUACCUGAAGGAGCGUCUCCACCCCCAUCGUUCUGCUCAGACACUGAGGUCCAGCUCCGAGGGCCUUCUGGCGGUUCCCUCACUGCAAGAAGUGAGGUUACAGGGAACCAGGCAGAGGGCCUUCUUGGUGGUGGCACCCACCCUGUGGAACGCCCUCCCAUCAGAUGUCAAAGAAAUAAACAACUAUCUGACUUUUAGAAGACAUCUGAAGGCAGCCUUGUUUAGGGAAGCUUUUAAUGUUUGAUGCAUUACUGUAUUUUAAUAUUUUGUUGGAGGCUGCCCAGAGUGGCUAGGGUGGCCCGGCCAGAUGGGCGGGGUAUAAAAUAAUAAUAAUAAUAAUAAUAAUAAUAAUAAUAAGGACGCAAACAUGUGCACGGUGAGCUUUGCUCCGAAAGCAACAUCCAAACCUUUCCGUGUUUUCCCGAACCAUCUUUUCCAGCAAACUUUCUUAUUGCAUUUUAUAUUCUUUAUUGCCAAAUAAAAAGUACAAAAUGCACAGAGUAAGAUAAGAUACAAAAAAAAGAAUAGGAAAAAGCAAGAAAUAGUACCCAUGUAGAAAACAAAACAGAAAAAACAUUGUGUACAUUACAAAAAAAGGCGGAAAAAUGUUAUUGUAGUUAACCAGACCUUAAUCUAAUGUGGCAUUUAUAAAAAUGAAUUCCAAAUACUGUUAAACCUGUCCAUGGCAUGUGGACAUCUUUUCCAGCAAACUUUGCGUGGAGGGAAACCUGUAAAAAAAGAAAAAAGACCAAAUCAAUUUCUCUCCAGGAAAAGGCAGCAGAAAACGUGGGAAAUGUUGAGCACGUGGGACCCAAACAUCCACAAAGUUUAGUUAAACUUGAGCAUUAUUUUCCAGGAAACACCAACUUUCUUAAUGGUAAAAAUUAGUAAUAAUCUGGCCUGCUUUCAAAAGUGCAAACAUAUCUUCCCCGAGGACCAGGCCACAUUUAGCCAGCACUUUCUGGAGGCCGGACACAUCGGCUGCCUGCUGAGCAGGCAACUGCAGCUUGCCUGCCUCUUCACACCCACCAGCCACAGCGAUGCGCAGAAAUUUCCAACCACAAACAUGCAGUUGCAUGGAGGCUGGGUGGCUGUUGUGAUCGCACACCUUUUAAAGAUAAUGUAUGCUAAUCAGAGACAAACACAGAAGGUGUUUUUUUGUUUUACUGGUUUUUCCACCUUCCUCGGUUUCCCCUGCAGGCAGAACAGAUGCUCUCCCACUUAGGACCCACCUACCUAUGGGACCGCCUCUCCUGGUCUGCCCCACAGAGGACCUUAAGGUCCACAAAUGACAAAACUUUGGAGGUCCCAAGUCGCAAGGUGGUUAGACUGGUCUCAACUAGGGCCAGGGCCUUUUCAGUACUGGCCCCGACUUGGUGGAACGCUCUGUCCCAAGAGACCAGGGCCCUGCGGGACUUGACAUCUUUCCGCAGGGCCUGCAAGACAGAGCUGUUCCACCUGGCCUUUGGUUUGGACUCAGUCUGACCCUUACGUUUCCCUCCCCUUACGGUUUUGAUUUAUGGGCUACUUUUAAAAUGAGGCUGCAUUUUAAAUUGCAUUUUAACCUGUAUUUUAAAUUGGGGUGUGUGUGUUUGGCCCCCCCCCUGAUUAUGUUUCCAUUGUAAUUUUACUGGUGUAAGCCGCCCUGCCCAUCUAACUGGGUUUUCCACUGUGCUUGGAAACAUACUGGGAGCCAUCAUAGAUCCUUUAGGAUGGGUGUUAUACAGUCCUGGCGGCCACUCCCAGUCACCAAUCUGGCUGCUGCCUUCUGGAUUAGUUGCAAUUUCUGAGUCACCUUCCAAGGUAGCCCCAUGGAGAGCACAUGGCAGUAGUCCAAGCAGGAGAUAACCAGAGCAUGGACCACUCUGGUGAGACAGUCUACAGGCAGGUAGGGUCUCAGCCUGCAUACCAGAUGGAGCUGAUAACAGCUGCCCUGGACGCAGAAUUAACCUGCACCUCCAUGGACAGCUGUGAGCCCAAAAUGACCCCCAGGCUGUGCAUCUGGUCCUUCAGGGGCACAGUUACCCCAUAGAGGACCAGGGAGUCCCCCAUACCCAACUGCCUCCUGUGCCCCCAGAAACAGAACUUCUGUCUUGUCAGGUUUCAACCUCAACCCGCUGACCGUAAACCACUGCAAAUCCUGUGUGCCAUUGUACAGUGGUGGUUGUUGUUUAGUUGUUUAGCCGUGUCCGACUCUUCGUGACCCCAUGGACCAGAGCACUCCACUCUCUUCCACUGCCUCAUUGUACAGUGGUACCUCGGGUUAAGAACUUAAUUUUUUUUGGAGGUCCAUUCUUAACCUGAAACUGUUAUUAACCUGAAGCACCACUUUAGCUAAUGGGGCCUCCUGCUGCCGCUGUGCUGCCGGAGCACGAUUUCUGUUCUCAUCCUGAAGCAAAGUUCUUGACCUGAAGCACUAUUUCUGGGUUAGCGGAGUGUGUAACCUGAAGUGUCUGUAACCCGAGGUACCACUGUAAUGGAUUGUUUGAAGUCAUUUCUGCAACAGGGAAAUAAAAUUUUAGCCUCCCCAUUCCCCACCCUGACUUGUCCCGUAUUUUGCCCGACCAAAGGGGGCGACAAGGGUCAUCAAGUCCAACCCUCCGCAAUGCGGGAAUCUUUUGCCCAUUGUGGGGGUCGAAGCCACGGCCUCGCCGACUGCUCUGUCCCGGAAGGCUUGAGAGCAGCCUGGUGUCAGAGGCUUCAUCUCGUAGCUACAUUUGCACAGCAAGCCCCCGGCACAAACACAGAGCGACCAUCUGCCUGCUCUUAAGUCACGCCUCUUGACGGCUGAGCUUCCUGCAGCAACUUCCUUCCCCCCAAAUGACAUACGAGCGGCUUCUGAUUCUUCAAAAGCCUCCCAGGAUCAGAAGAGGAGUGCGAACACAUGGAUGCCAUAAAUUGCAAAAUCUAUCAAGCAUGUAGAAGAGACUCCCCAGAGGGAACCUUUUCCAGUGUAUAGGACCUUUUAGCUUAGAGAAAAGCCGAAGAAGAAGAGACACGAUACUAGAAAUGUACGAAAUUAGUCAUGGCAUGGAGAAAAAAAGCAGAGACAUCACCUUGCUGACAAAGGUCCGUAAAGUUCAAGCUAUGGUUUUCCCAGUAGUGAUGUAUGGAAGUGAGAGCUGGACCAUAAAGAAGGCUGAUCGCCGAAGAAUGGAUGCUUUUGAAUUCUGGUGCUGGAGGAGACUCUUGAGAGUCCCAUGGACUGCAAGAAGAUCAAAGAUUCUUAAGGAAAUCAGCCCCGAGUGCUCACUGGAAGGACAGAUCCUGAAGCUGAGGCUCCAGUACGUUGGCCACCUCAUGAGAAGAUAAGACUUCCUGGAAAAGACCCUGAUGUUGGGAAAGAUGGAGGGCGCAAGGAGAAGGGGACGAGUUUGACCAAACUGCAGGAGGCAGUGGAAGACAGGAGUGCCUGACGUGCUCUGGUCCAGGGGGUCACGAAGAGGCGGACGACUAAACAACAACAACAACAAUGGAGAAAACGGAUAGGGAAAAGUUGUCCUCCCUCUCUCCCCACGCUAGAACUCAAGGUUGGAAGAUUCAGGACAGACCGAAGAAAUGACUUUUUCACGCAGUUAGACUUCCCAAGAAGAUAAAACAAUAAAAUUACACAGUCACCAUUCCGGCAGCCGCAUUUUGGAUUAGUUGUAGUUUCCAAGGUGUUAUGUGUUCAGUGCUCUGUGUUUGCCUGAGCUUGAGUCUGGACUAAGGCUUGUGAGCUUAUGUGUUCUGAUUCAAUGCAUGAUGUCCAAUCACAUAACAUUUCGGGAUUUGGACCUCUGCCAUUGGCCCUUGAACUCUGAGUCGUGAUUUGCAGCUUGGAAGUUUAGACAGCCAAUCACGUUGGGAGUGGGAGUGGCCCAGGCUUUCAGAAAUGUAUAUAAGCAGUUGCUUUGCCCGUUUCCCAGUUAUGUAGUUCAAUAAAGGUUCUUGCUGUUAUCACUGGGUCUUGCCUUGUGGGAACCCACCUCCACUUCAAAAGUCACCUUCAAAGGUAGUUCCAGUGAGAGCUCAUGACAGUAGUCCAAGCUGGAGAUAACCAGAGCAUGGACCACUCUGGUGAGACAGUCCGCGGGCAGGGAGGGUCUCAGAUGGAGCUGGUAGGCAGCCGCCCUGGACGCAGAAUUGACCUGCGCCUCCAUGGACAGAUGUGAGUCCAAAAUGACCCUAAUAGUAAUAACACAUGCUAGAAUAAGCUAGGAUUCUUUAUGCACAAAAAUGGAAGGAAGAAGAAGUUCCCACCAAAGAAGACGUAAAAUGAUUCACUACAUGGAAUUGGCAAAGCCAAAAGCAAAAAUGGAAGCCGUUUUCGGAAUAUUUAAAUAAAUGUCAUGGUAUGAUGAAUUCGCGAGCAGGAUAUGAACUACAGUGGUACCUUGGGUUACAGACGCUUCAGGUUACAGACUCCGCUAACCCAGAAAUAGUACCUCGGGUUAAGAACUUUACCUCAGGAUGAGAACAGAAAUCGUGUGGCGGCAGCGGGAGGUCCCAUUAGCUAAAGUGGUGCUUCAGGUUAAAAACAGUUUCAGGUUAAGAACAGACCUCUAGAACGAAUUAAGUUCUUAACCCGAGGUACCACUGUACGGGCGACAGAAGGAAUUAGAGAAUAUUGUACGAUGAAAAACAUCAUGGAAAAUGGGGUGAGAAGUUGCCAAAGCAAAAGAAAAAUCUACUAUGUAUUGGAAUGGGUAUGUGAAUUUUUGGGAAAUUUAAUAAAAUAUAUAUUUUUAAAGGAUUUGGGGUUGUUUUUUUAAAGAUUGCUCUAGUCCUAUUUGGGCACCUGCCUCAGUGCAGCCUACACUGACUAGGCAGUGGGUCUCCAGGGAGGGGAAGUAAAAAAAAACAAAGAAAAAUGUAUUAUGUUUUGGAGUGCAUAGAGUUUGCGACUGCCACUUCUAUUGCAAGUGCCAAUGGAAGACGUAACCCAUGUGCUCCUUGAAUGCCCUUUUUAUAAUCAUCUUAGAAACAAUUGGGUCCGUCCAUGGUGAAGAUCGCAGAAGGGAAGAUCAUCUCUUGCAAAGACCUUUUUUCCUGUUGUCUGAUGUAGAGAAGUUUAUCUCUUCUAGAACAUCCACAUUUCUCACUCAUGCUCUACAAAUUCGUGUAACGAAAAGGGGGUAUGGGAAAUCAUUUAUCCUCUAAAAUUCAGGGAGCAGAAAUGUAAAGCACUAUUAGCAGCAGAAUUAUUGUUACAGUAUUAUUAUUUUUACGUGUGAAGUGGCUGUUUGGUAGAACACAAUAAACCGAACCAAGCUGCCCUGAACUGCAUGUGUAAUUUUGUUGUUGCUGAAAUUUAAUAAAUUUUUUUAAAAAUAAAUUUAAAUUUAAAUAUUAAAUUUAAAUAAUAAAAAAAAUAUUAAAUUUAAUUUAAUAAUAAAAAAAUAUUAAAUUUAAUUUAAUAAAUUUAAUUAUAUAUUUAAGGAAUAUAUAAGAUUAUAUUGUAAAAACAAUACCAUCUUAGCAGAACUUGAAUGAUACUUGUGAACAAAAACGAAUGAAGCGAAUACUUUAGUGGAUUGUAUGAAAAAGGAUGCAAAGUAAAGCUGCGUGACAAAACCAUGACAACUGAAACAGUAUAAUGAGAACGAUUGGAAGUUUUAUGCAGGAAUUUUUAUUUGAUAGAUAUGAUUUUUUAUAAAUUUUUGGUUUUUUCUUUUUCUUUUUCUUUUCUUGUCUUUAAUUUUUUUUCUUACUUUUAUGUCUUGAUGUUUCCUUCUUUUGUAUUUAACUUUUCUACAUUUACCUUCGUUGUACGUUUGUAUUUUAAACCACUAAAGAUUUACCAUAAAAAAAAAAGAAAUUUAAUAAAACACAAUACAGUGGUAUCUCUGGAUGCGUACGGGAUCUGUUCCGAAGCCCCGUUCGCAUCCUGAAGCAAACGCAACCCGUGUCUGUGCGGGUCGCAAUUCGCCGCUUCUGCGCAUGAGCGUGACGCCAUAUUGAGCGUCUGCGCAUGCGCGAGUGGCAAAACCUGGAAGUAACGCACUCCGUUACUUCUGGGUCGCCGUGGAGUGUAACCUGAAAACGCACAACCUGAAGCACAUUUAACCCGAGGUAUGACUGUACGCAAUACAGUGGUACCUCGGGUUACAUACACUUCAGGUUACAUAUGCUUCAGGUUACAGGACUCCGCUAACCCAGAAAUAGUACCUCAGGUUAAGAACUUUGCUUCAGGAUGAGGACAGAAGUUGUGCUCCGGCGGCGCGGCAGCAGCGGGAGGCCCCAUUAGCUAAAGUGGUGCUUCAGGUUAAGAACAGUUUCAGGUUAAGAACGGACCUCCGGAACGAGUUAAGUACUUAACCCGAGGUACCACUGUAGUAAUAAUAUAUAUAUAUCCUUUAUUAGGCAUAGCAAAUCACACAUUAUCAAACAGACACCGUAUAAAAAUUGUGCAAAAUACGAGCUCAACAUAACAAGGUUUGUCCCAGUCAGAUUUUUAACUCCAGAGAAAAUCAAUUUGCAUAAAUAAUACAAUACAACACCACCGCAUCACCGAUCAAUUAAGAACCACUGAAUCUCUUUAUAACGGCCCAGUCUUUCUACACAGACAGCACUCAAAAAUUCAGCCACUAUUAAAGUAAUUUGAUCAUUCCUGUCCGAGAGCAGGUCUUGAACCAUUGGUGGCAUAGAAUUGAGCCUGUUGAGUUGUAAGGCCUCUAAUAAUUGUCUUCUGGCAUAAAUGCCAAAAUCACAAGAAAAGAAAAUAUGUUCCAAAGUAUCAGGUUCCUGGGACGCGGGUGGGGCUAUGGGUUAAACCACUGAGCCGAGGGCUUGCCGAUCAGAAGGUUGGUGGUUCGAAUCCCCGCGAUGGGGUGAGCUCCCGUUGCUCAGUCCCAGCUCCUGCCAACCUAGCAGUUCGAAAGCACACCAGUGCAAGUAGAUAAAUAGGUACCGCUCCAGCAGGAAGGUAAACGGCGUUUCCGUGCGCUGCUCUGGUUCACCAGAAGCGGCUUAGUCAUGCCAGCCACAUGACCCGGAAGCUGGACGCCGGCUCCCUUGGCCAAUAAAGUGAGAUGAGCGCUGCAACCCCAGAGUCGGCCACGACUGGACCUAAUGGUCAGGGGUCCCUUUACCUUUAUCAGGUUCCUGUUUACUACAUUUGCAGAGACGCUCUGAUUCUGGGAGAGCUAAAUAUCUUCCUUUUAAAUAGUAAUAAUAAUUCCUGCCUGCUCCUGUUUCCCAGGUGUUUCCCUGAGCAUCCUAUGACCCCCGCUUGGGCAGCCCCACGACCUGCCGCGUGAUGCCCAACCCGGCUGCCCACCUGCCCUUUUACUAUGGCAGCAUCUCCCGUUCAGACGCCGAAGAGCAUCUCAAGCUGGGCGGGAUGAUGGACGGCCUCUUCCUGCUCCGCCAGUGCCUUCGCAGCCUGGGCGGCUACGUUCUGUCGGUCACCCACAACCUCCGGUUCCACCACUACCCCAUCGAGCGGCUGAUGAACGGCACCUUUGCCAUCGCGGGUGGCAAGGCGCACUGCGGCCCCGAGGAGCUCUGCGAGUUCUACUCCAAGGACGCCGAUGGGCUCUGCUGCCCGCUCAAGAGGCCGUGCAACCGUCCCGGCGGCCUCGAACCCCAGCCGGGCAUCUUUGACUCCAUCCGAGAGAACAUGGUGCGGGAAUAUAUACGGCAGACGUGGCAGCUGGAGGUACGGGCAGGAUCGGGGCCUUUCCUGUGGUUUGGGGGCAGCAGAGGGGAAACAGAAUAUGGAGCGGCACCCAAGAUUAAGGGCAAAAUGUCAAAAGUUGAUUUUUAUUCAUUUUCAAAUUUAUAACACAUCCAAAUCGAAUGAAAAGUGAUUUAAAACACACACCCCUCAAAACAACAACAACUGAUUUUCCACUUUCUCAGGUAUAUUCCAAUUCAUCCCCUUUUAGAUGCUGCUUAUUUUACAGAUUUAUUUCUGCUUCACAUCCAAAAUUCUCAUCCCUCAGCUGUCCCUUUACAGACUCUUGCAUACGGAUUAAACACAGUUACAUCAAAUAAAAACAAGUGAGCGGUUAUAGUAAUUUAAACAUUUUGUUUUUCUUUCCAACUUGCGUGUAGUUCAUUCUCUUAUCCCUGAUAGUUUUCAGCCUCUGCCUGUUUGCGCAAACCCUUUUCCUUUCCUUAGGCAAACCAGAUUAUCUCCUUUCAAUGUUCAGUCUUCGUUAUUGAGUUAAAGGUAAAGGGACCCCUGACCAUUAGGUCCAGUCGCGGACGACUCUGGGGUUGCGUGCUCAUCUCGCUCUAUAGGCCAAGGGAGCCGGCGUUUGUCUGCAGACAGUUUUUCCAGGUCAUGUGGCCACUUCUGGCGAACCAGAGCAGCGCAAGGAAACGCCGUUUACCUUCCCGCCAGAGCGGUACCUAUUUAUCUACUUGCACUUUGACGUGCUUUCGAACUGCUAGGUUGGCAGGACCAGGGGCCGAGCAAUGGGAGCUCACCCCAUCGCGGGGAUUCGAACCGCCAACCUUCUGAUGUGGCUGUGUCAUGCUGGCCACAUGACCCGGAAGCUGUACGCCGGUUCCCUUGGCCAGUAAAGCGAGAUGAGUGCCCCAACCCCAGAGUCGGCCACGACUGGACCUAAUGGUCAGGGGUCCCUUUACCUUUACCUUACAAUUCAAUGUCACUAGAUAGUCAUUACAUUUACAUUUCCAGCACCCCCUUUCCUUUGAGGUAAUCCCACUGCCCUCCAGGGGACCAUAACACCCACUUCGAGAACCCCUAGUUUAGAACAACGUAGAAUUACAAAAGCAGUUCCUUCCAUCUCCAACAUAUAGGUGUUGAGUGCUGCUCUUAUGUAGGAACCAACUGGGGUUAAGUGGGAGGCUGAUAAUUUCCCCCACCAGGCACAGCUUGUCUCGGAAGUUUAAAUAAUUCCCAGAAAGGCAAUAGAGUCUCUGUUCUCUCCUCUUCCUUCUUCGUAGGGGGACACCCUUGAACAGGCCAUCAUCAGCCAGGCCCCCCAGGUGGAGAAGCUCCUGGCCACCACAGCCCACGAGAAGAUGCCCUGGUACCACGGCCCCAUCACUCGAGCGCAAGCGGAAAGCAGACUCUACUCAGGCUCACAGCCUGAUGGGAAAUUCUUGUAAGCACGUUAUCAGGGCAAAGCUUCUUGUCUGUCUUCUUCUUCUUCUUCUUCUUCUUCUUCUUCUUCUUCUUCUUCUUCUUCUUCUUCCAAAUGAUUUUUAUUCAUUUUCCAAAUUUUAAUGAAUCAACCACAAAUUAAAACACAUUCAAUACAAUCUUCCCCCAAAAUGGCUUCCUGCACUCUGUCCUCGAUGCGUCCAUCAUUUCCUCUCGUUGCUGCAUUGUUUUCCCAACCUGUCUGUCGUCUUUCUGCGUUGCUGCCAUUAUGCAGUUGGCGCACCCAUCUGCCUCGCUUUGCAGAUCCGGGGCAUCUAUCAACCAGGGUGAAGGAGUUGGAAUGGCCGAGUCCAGGAACUGCCGUCCUAAUGUCCCACAAGAGGGGUGAGGAGCCCCCAGUCUCCUCAUUUGGCCUGCGAGGCCAUUUCAGCCAAGCCCACCUCCCCAUAAGGAUGUCAGAAAGAAUCCACUUCCAUUCCGACCCAGCGUUGCCACUGUUGGCUCUGCUGCAGUUCAGUUUCUGCCCGGUACUAACAGAUCCUCCAAGGGUCCCUAUUUUCCAGGGACAGACCCAGAUUUACAGAAGCCAUUCCGGUUUCUUAUUUGAUCCCGGAAUGUCCCGCUUUGCCUUAGGACGUCCCUAUUUUCAUUGCAGAAAUGUUGGAGCGUAUGAUUAGUUAUGAGACCCCCCCCCCCAAGCCAAGGAGAUAAGUAACUAGACAACCGCUAGAAGACAUGUUUUAUUAUGUUUUUAUAUAUGUUGGAAGCUACCCAGAGUUUGCUCCGCUUUCAGAACCGCUUAUGGUUCUUGUUAAUUGCUACCUGUAACUAAUGGAGCCAAUUGGGCUGGACUUAAUGACCCUUAAUGGACGCGGGUGGCACUGUGGGUUAAACCACCAAGCCUACGGCUUGCUGAUCAGAAGGUCGGUGGUUCGAAUCCCCACGACAGGGUGAGCUCCUGUUGCAGUAUGUCAAAGUGCAAGUAGAUAAAUAGGUGGGAAGGUAAACGGCGUUUCCGUGCGCUGCUCUGGUUUGCCAGAAGCGGCUUAAUCAUGCUGGUCACAUGACCCAGAAGCUGUAUGCCGGCUCCCUCGGCCUGUAAACCGUUAGGUCCAGUCGCAGACGACUCUGGGGUUGCGGUGCUCAUCUUGCUUUAUUGGCUGAGGGAGCCAGUGUACAGCUUCUGGAUCAUGUGGCCAGCAUGACUAAGCCACUUCUGGUGAACCAGAGCAGCACACGGAAACACUGUUGACCUUCCUGCCGGAGUGGUACCUAUUUAUCUACUUGCACUUUGACGUGCUUUCAAACUGCUAGGUUGGCAGGAGCAGGGACCAAGCAACGGGAGCUCACCCUGUUGUGGGGAUUCGAACCGCCAACCUUCUAAUCAGCAAGCCCAAGAGGCUCAGUGGUUUAGACCACAGUGCCACUUGCCCAUAAAAAGACACACAUUCGUGCAAAUAUCAGACAAAAUUGCACUAUCUCAGGGGACGCUGCUUUGCAUAGGGAAGCUGAGAUUGAUCGAAUGAGAAACAGAAAAUGGACGCAUUUGCCAGGCCCCUUAGAGAAAAACUAGGUGCCCCUUAGUAGGAACAGAACUGAUCCUGACAACUUCCAUGCCAUUUCCCUCCAGGCUGAGAGAGAAAAAGGAGAAGGGCUCUUACGCUCUGUCCCUCGUCUACGGAAAGACCGUUUAUCACUACCGGAUCGGACAUGACAAAGCAGGAAAAUAUUCGGUGGAAGACGGAACCAAGUUUGAUACGCUGUGGCAGGUGGGUUGUGUGAGUGCGUGGGGCUGGAGACCCUCCUCCUUCUGGGAUUGCCUGCACUGCAAUGAAGAGAAGAGAAUCAUCGAAUUGCAGAGUUGGAAGGGACCCUGAGGGUCAUCUAGCCCAACCCCCUGCAAUAGUUUUUUGUUUUUUUUAAGGCAAGAUGGCACUGCCACCCAAGAAGGUGUCAGCAAACAAGGGCAAACCACAAGGUUUCCAGGGGUACAACCUUUGUUGGGGGAUGGGAUGGGUGGACACCUAAAGGGAGGGGGAGCCCCCAAAGCAGACCCAUUUGGACUGAGUACUUUGAUAAAACUUUAUUCGCAUUAGCCAAUGGCCAUAGCAACAGUAAAACAUUACAGUAUACGCAGGAAAGGAAAUUUGAUAUAAGAGCACAAUUUAAAGUCCUGAGUCAGCUGUCAGUUAGUGGCCCUUAUUCUGAUGGCCCCUGCUAGCAACCUUUCCUGUUAUCUGCUCAUUUUGAUCUGAUAGAAGAAAGGCCAUUGUGGCUGUGGUUGAGCGCCCUGGGAUGGUUAGUACAAGUGGGGUGAGGAUCUCGUUCCUCAGGUCUUUGUAGAGAGUGCAAGACAGGAGGACAUGUGCCGCUGUUUCGGUGCUACCGUCUCCACAGGGGCAAAGACGUUUCUCAGACGGGAUCUUUAGGAAUCGACCCUCAAGCACCGCAGAUGGCAAAACAUCCAGUCUUGCAAGUGUAAAAGCACGUCUGUAUUUUGGGAUAAUAAGUUUGUGCAGAUAUGGGGCCAGAGAAUCAAAAUGGAGGGGUGGAAACUGAACAUACCAAAGGCAGAAUUUCCUUAUAGUGGCCAGGUUGUUCUGAUGCUCAAUAUCUUUUAGACGUUGACCAAUUAGACUGUUUGCUUUAGUGGGGAUCGGCCACAAGAGUGGAGGUUUUGAUAGAUGGUUUGAAGCCAGGCAUUUGGACUGAGUAUGUGUGGCGGCUGUCGAGGGAGACAAGCAGAAAACCAGAUGGGCAGCGGAACCCAAUGGAGUGUCAUGGAAGUGGACCAUUAAUUGCAACUUCCACUCAUCAGCAUGACUAAUAGCCAUGCAGAGACUUGGGGGGGAAAGCAGCAACAAGACUGAAUAGAGCCAGUGGAAGUUUUCUUGAUGGCUCUGCGGAUUGGAGGGGCUUUAGAGGCACGUCGGUGACAGCCAAACAUCAAUCACCAUGCGGCCCUCUAGAGGACUUUGUGUGGACCUUGGAAACCUCCCCAGGACACACUCCUCCCCGGCUUUGCUUCGCCCCUUCCGUCUAAUAUUAUAUUUUAUUGAAAUAAUUUUGAUUAUAUAUAAAUAAAGCGAUACAGAGGGGGGAAAGUGGGGAAAGUGAGGGGUGGGGAAGAAGAAAGAUGUGUAUAUUCCCAGCUGGGAGUGAAUGGAGGACAGUGGGGUGUUGUGUGUUAAUUUCCUAAAGUUAUAUUCUGCUUGGUUGUGCAAAUAAAACCUCAAAGCAGUCUGAGCGUGGGAGGAAAUUAUCCUGCUAUACUCAGAUAUAGCCUGUGGCUCUGUGGCUCCACCCACUUUUCCCACUGGCUCCACCCACUGCUGGCAGGCGGCCCCUAAGAGGCUGCCAAGAAAGGAAUCUGGCCCUUGCAUUCAUGAAAUCUGCUCUCGUUGUGGAGGAACCCUUCCCCUGGACCAUCCCUAGCUGGGCUUAUGAUUUCGCCUCCCAUAUUUCGUCUUGCGAUAUCCAGGGAGAUCUUGGGAUUCGAGCAAAAGGAGAAUGUGGAAUAGGCAAAGUUGAGCCCUUUAAAAAAAUUACAAAAAUAAAAUAUUCUCUCUCUGUUUCUGGGCUUCUCCUCCCUUCCCAACUGCAGCUCGUGGAAUAUCUCAAAUUGAAACCGGAUGGUCUGAUCUAUUAUUUGAGAGAAAGCACACCGAAUCCCGAUAUGCCAACAGGUGAGAACACAAUAUUUGCCACCUGGAAAAUAUUGGAACUACUUUCAGGGGCAAUUCAAGAGUUGUUGGUUUUCGUUUUAACAUUUAGUGGACUUUGUUAAAUAGGGCCUACUUUCUUUAAGAAACAGAUAUGAAUUUUUCAUUUUUAUUUAUUUAUUUUUCAAGUUUUGAUUUUAUUGGGUAAAUUCGAAAAGUGACAUAUCACAGAAUUUACAUUGAAUAUUGAAAAGACCAGAGAAGGUCACAAAAAACAAAACGAAAACAGUAAUAAUUUUCCAUUUUGAUAAAAUAUUGAUCAUCUUCUGUUCUAUUAUUCUACAUCUGUAUCUUUAUACAUGACGUCCCAUCUGCACCCAAUGUAUAUACCUUUUUAGAACAAUGAUUGUACUAAAAUAAAUUUCAUAUUUCAAUAAAGUUCUUCAUAUACCUAAAGUCUUUUUUAAAAAAACUAAACCUUACGUCUUAGAAUCAUAGAAUCAUAGAAUCCUAGAGUUGGAAGAGACCACAAGGGCCAUCGAGUCCAACCCCCUGCCAAGCAGGAAACACCAUCAGAGCACUCCUGACAUAUGGUUGUCAAGCCUCUGCUUAAAGACCUCCAAAGAAGGAGACUCCACCACACUCCUUGGCAGCAAAUUCCACUGUCGAACAGCUCUUACUGUCAGGAAGUUCUUCCUAAUGUUUAGGUGGAAUCUUCUUUCUUGUAGUUUGGAUCCAUUGCUCCGUGUCCGCUUCUCUGGAGCAGCAGAAAACAACCUUUCUCCCUCCUCUAUGUGACAUCCUUUUAUCUAUUUGAACAUGGCUAUCAUAUCACCCCUUAACCUCCUCUUCUCCAGGCUAAACAUGCCCAGCUCCCUUAGCCGUUCCUCAUAAGGCAUCGUUUCCAGGCCUUUGACCAUUUUGGUUGCCCUCCUCUGGACACGUUCCAGUUUGUCAGUGUCCUUCUUGAACUGUGGUGCCCAGAACUGGACACAGUACUCCAGGUGAGGUCUGACCAGAGCACAAUACAGUGGCACUAUUACUUCCCUUGAUCUAGAUGCUAUACUCCUAUUGAUGCAGCCCAGAAAUGCAUUGGCUUUUUUAGCUGCCGCGUCACACUGUUGGCUCAUGUCAAGUUUGUGGUCAACCAAGACUCCUAGAUCCUUUUCACAUGUACUGCUCUCAAGCCAGGUGUCCCCCAUCUUGUAUUUGUGCCUCUCAUUUUUUUUGCCCAAGUGCAAUACUUUACAUUUCUCCCUGUUAAAAUUUAUCCUGUUUGUUUUGGCCCAGUUCUCUAAUCUGUCAAGGUCAUUUUGAAGUGUGAUCCUGUCCUCUGGGGUGUUAGCCACCCCUCCCAGUUUGGUGUCAUCUGCAAAUUUGAUCAGGAUGCCCUUGAGUCCAUCAUCCAAGUCGUUGAUAAAGAUGUUGAAUAAGACCGGGCCCAAGACAGAAUCCUGUGGCACCCCACUAGUCACUCUUCUCCAGGAUGAAGAGGAACCAUUGAUGAGCACCCUUUGGUGCUUGUUUUAUUCCCCACAUAUUAUAUUAUUUACACAGAAAUCAUUCCAACGCAACCAUAGCUGCCACACUGUGAUUGUAAUUCUGUAAAUAUUUUUUAAACAUGUCCCAUUUUGGAGUAAAGCAUUGAUUGAAAUUGCCUCUCCGUCUGGUCAUCUAUUGUGCCAUCUCAGCAUCGUCCAGGAGUUUAUUUAACCACUCUGAUUUAGAUGGCACCUGAUCCCCCUUCCAAUUCAUUGCAAUCAGGGUCCUUGCGGCCGCAGUGGCAUACGGAAAUAUUUCCUUUAGGCCUUUUGGUAUUUCUUUGUCUAGAAUGCCAAGACAGAAGGCCUCUGGUUUCUUUGGAAAGGAUACUUUCAAACUUUUUUUUCCCCAAUUCGUCGUAUAUGAUAUUCCAGAAUUCUUUAAUUUUUUUACAGAGCCACCACAUGUGGUUUGAAUUUUUCAAUUUUUACAAGCAUCAGUUAAAAAGCAAAGCCCAUAUCCAAUUCUUACUUGUAACCAGGGCCGUCUUAAGCAUAUCUGGUGCCGUGGUGCAAAGAUCCCUCUGGCACCCCCCCACCUUCCCCAGAGUUGUCAACCUUUUUUUAGGGCUGGAGGAGGCGGGCAGCGGCUGGAGGGUGGCUACUCCGGCGGGGAAGAGGUGGAGGCUGGACGCCUCCUGGUUCAGCUGGCCGCUUCGUGCCACGGUGGCCACAGCAGGCGGCACACCGAGUGAGCGGCCUGCGUCGAGCGAGCGAGGGCACAUGCGCCACUCCUGCCGAGCGCCGGCUCAGUUUUUUCCCUUUUAGCCUUCUGGCGCCUUGCAGAACUCGGCGCCUGCAGGCUAAAAGGGAAAAAACUGAGCGGACGCUUCGCAGGAGCGCGCACCCCCCCUCGCUCACUCAGCGCACUUGUUGGGUGUUCCCCAGAUUCCCACUGGGUGCCCUCCAGAACUUGGCACCCUGCGCCACUAGCCUCUAUGGGUAAGACGGGCCUGCUUGUAACUAGCCUUUAUUGGCAUAAGUUAAAACAGUAAAAUCAUACAAAGUCAUCCAAAUACACUGAUAAUCCAAAUAUAUAAAAGACUAGAUAAUUCAAUUUUUUUACUAAAUCCUUAUUUCCCAUUUUUGACUACAAGUUUUACUAAUGUGUUUAGUUUCCCCCCAACAGUUUUUCCAUUCUUUAUUAAAAGUUACUUCUCCCUGGUUUCUAAUUCUUCCCGUACGUUUUGCCAUUUUGGCAUAGUCCAUUAAUUUUAUAUGUUUGGGACUGUCUCUUCUUUCCACCUGAUUCCUUCCAGGAACUCAGCCAGAUGGGCGGGGUAUAAAUAAAUAAUAAUAAUAAUAAUAAUAAUUCAUGAGGUCUGGAAGCUUGGCUUUGUUUGUUUGUGCAUGGGAGAGCUAGAAGGACCAUAGCUCAGGCUUGUCAUUUGCAGAUGUCACCUAAGCAAACUCUUUCUUCCUGUUUCCAGAAACCGCGACACCUGCCCCACCGGCUCACCCGUCUGCGUUCGUAAGUAUUUCCUUUUUUGCUUCCUCUCAAAUUGUUGCAGUCUUUCAGGGUUGGUUUAAGGACCGGGGGACACGCAUGUCCUGGGUGAGAGAUCAGCGGCCAGAGAAAUCCCAUUGAACCGAUCUCUGCAUGGAAGCAAAUCCUACAUCUGCAAGGGGUGGAGUAGGUGGCCCCAGUGUCCCUUCCAACUCUGCAAUUCUAUGAUUCUAUGUUUCCUUGCCAGGCUCAACGGAGACUCGUAUCACAAAACUCCGAUGGUUAUACACCUGACCCCAUUGGUGAGUAGAGGGCAAGGGAACUGUUGUGUUUUUAUAGAUAGAGAGACCAGCUUAGUAAACACACUUGGGGGUACAAUCCCGAAAGGAAAACAAACAUUUAAAACAAUGUACAACAGUAAAUUCAAAAUUUAUAAAUGCGAUAAGCGUAUAGACACCUAAAACUUUAAGAUAAGCUACCGCAGAGAGAUGGCCCAGAGUCACCCACGGAAGUGAGUUUGGGGAUUAUCUUAACGAACUAGUUUGAGCCAGGGGAUGGUCUGCGCCUACAGAUCUGUACACAGAAUCUGGCGACCAUCCGGGUCGUCUUAUGAUCUUUGCCUAACAGGAAAAGGUCAAUUUUUGCUUUCCCGGGAGGUCAGCGAGCCUCACCAGCAGUGGUCUCACUCCGUGCCUCUUCCUAAAAGGGACAUCUAAAGAGCAAGUGCUCUGGGCUUCCUGUCUCCCCCAAUGAACAGGCGCAAAGUCUCUGAGCAUAUGGGACUUUUUAAAAGGAUCCUUCCAGGACCGGCGAGGGCAGAGCCGAGCUUCUGGUGAAUGUAAAAGCCCUUCUUGCAUUUUUGGAUACGAGAAAGAAGAGAUAUGCUGCCGGUGCGGCUAAAUCUCUCUCGAUUUCUCCAAUUUUAUAGUGGGGGCACCUUGAGCAGUCCUGUUGUCUCUCGGUGUCUAUGAUUCUUUGCCUGACCGUAGCUUUUGCCUGGCCCAACCCCAGACUUAGAAGGGCUUGAGGGGCAAAACCCAGUUUCUGAAGGGUGUUCAGGACUGCUGUCUGCCAGCCUGACUGGAAUUGGUCGCAGAGGAUCAGUGGGGCUAUUCCUCGGGGGAGCAGAUUCAGUGUCAGCCAUUUGUAGAUUGAUGUUAGGCAGAUAUAAGCCUCCACUCUCAUCAUCCCUGUUUCUAGUCUGACCCAUGCAUUUGAAACACAUCUGGGGCUUGUAGGAGAGCUCUAAGGAGUUUGGAUUGCACUCUCUCAAGGGGGGAGAAAGUGUUUUUAUAUGUUCUUGGUAAAUAACUGGUCCAAAUUUUAGGCAUUUCUCCUCUCUCUCUACAUACACACAUAAUUUUUUUUUCAUGUGCUGCCUUCCCACAGUUGUGGACUCUCCUUCCUUGGAGGUUUUUAAGCAGAGCUUGGAUGGCCAACUGUCCUGGAUGCUUUAGCUGAGAUUCCUGCAUUGCAGGGGGUUGGGCUGGAUGACCCCUGGGGUUCCCUCCCUACCUUACAAUUCCAGGAUUCCAGGAUUCUAUGAAACCAUGCUCAAUGCAGCUUAGAACAUGAAGAAAAUGCAUAACUACAAGAUAACAAAAGUAGUCAUGACUAAUAAAUGAAGUGUUAAAAAACACACAACCAAACCAAACGAUUUCCGCAUAAAUCACAACAAAAUCUAAAAGAAUCCAACAGCAGCAGCAGCGCCACCCUGUGGCCACUGGUGGCACUACAACAAAGGCACCCCCAGCACUGUUGGAAAAGGGAAGUUUUUAACUUUGCACGGGCAUCUAAGAAAUAAUUCACUCUACUAAUUGUUUGUUUAAGUGCAAAAAAGAAGGAAAAGGUGGAAAUCACACCAAGUUCAUCUCCUGCAAUCAUUUUAUCAUCCCCCCCCCACUGCUUUCAUCUUGAAUCCUGCCAUGAUUUCAUUUUACUAAAAUAUUUUUAAAUAAUCCACAGAAGGCCUCCAGUCAGCUUUGCCAUUUCCACAACAUCUGUUGCUUUCAAAAGCCAAUCCUCCUUUGACGUUAUUAUUAUUAUUAUUACCUUCUUUUUGCAUUCUGUGGAUAUAAUAUUCUAGCUGCUGUUGUCAUAUACAUAAAUAAUUUGGUCUUCUUCUUUGAAACCUCCGUCCCUAUUAUUCCUAUAAGAAAAUCUUCUGGUCUUAAAGGCCCAUUUAAAAUUUUUCUUCAUUUCAUUAUAUAUCAUUUCCUAAAAGCCUUUAGCUUUUGUGCAUGCCCACCACAUAUGGAGGAAUGACCCUUCUGUCUGCUGGCAUUUCCAACAUUUACUUGACACAUUUCUAUGCAUUUUGAGCAGUUUAUUUGGUGUUAAAUACCACCUGCACAUUGUUUCAAGAUUAAUACUCACUAUCAGCGCUCCAUGACCGUCUCCUUGAUCUCUUGGGGGAGGGGAAUCAGAUAACUGCUGGGAAUGCAAAGAGACAGAAGGUACAUUCUGCCAUAUGUGGUGGACAUGUAAACUGGGCUUCUCAGUGAUGACAUAAAGUCAUACCUUGGGUUACAGACGCUUCAGGUUGCGCGUUUUUGGGAUAUGGACCCGCCAAAACCCGGAAGUACCGGAAUGGGUUGCUUCCGGGUUUCGUGCUCACGCAUGCGCAGAAGUGCUAAAUUGUGCUUUGUGCAUGCGCAGAAGCGCAGAAUCGCAACCCGCUUGUGCGCAGACAUGGUGCUGCAGGUUGCGGGCACUGCGGGUUGUGAACAUGCCUCCCGCACGGAUCAUGUUUGCAACCCGAGCGUCCACUGUACACUGAUAUGAAAAAAAUAUAUUUAAAAGGUCUUUUAUUUAAAAAGACCAAAACUCUUUCUCUUAGGAAUAACUGAGUCAGAUGUCUCCAGAGAUUGAAAUAAUCUGUUUCUUUACGCAACUAUGGCAACCUGAAUGGGAUAUGUGGUUCGAAUCCCCACGACGGGGUGAGCUCCCGUUGUUCAGUCCCUGCUCCUGCCAACCUAGCAGUUCAAAAGCACGUCAAAGUGCAAGUAGAUAAAUAGGUACCGCUCCGGCGGGAAGGUAAACGGCGUUUCCGUGCGCUGCUCUGGUUCACCAGAAGUGGCUUAGUCAUGCUGGCCACAUGACCCGCAAGCUGUACGUCGGCUCCCUCGGCCAAUAAAGCGAGAUGAGCGCCGCAACCCCAGAGUCGUCCGCAACUGGACCUAAUGGUCAGGGGUCCCUUUACCUUUAACUGUUAGAAUAAGAGAACCGGAAGAAGGAUACCUUAAGGAAGAUUGGAAAAUGUUUGUGGAAUAUUUGAAGAAUCAUUGUAAACAGGUUAGAACGUUAGCAGGACUAGAGUAAUUUCAGCAGUAAAAAACACGUCGAGAUAAGAUGGGAAAGGGGAAACACAGGGUAAAUAUUAGUACCUGCAGCUGCAAGGAGUCACCAGAAGGAACAAUGGAAGGGGGAGAAGGGAAGUCAAUGUUCAAUUUAAUAUAACGCUUUGCUUUUUUUAUGUGACUAUGAAAAUUAUAAAAUUCAUUUUUUAAAAAAAAAUCUCUUGGGGAUGGGCACAGGCCGCGGGAAAAAGGGCCGGAUCCUGCCCAUGGACACGUCCUGCUACGAAAGCCCUUACAGUGACCCCGAGGAGCUGAAGGAGAAGAAGCUAUUCUUGAAGAGGAACAACCUGAUUGUCGAGGACAUGGAGCUGGGGGCAGGCAAUUUCGGCUCCGUCCGGAAAGGCGUUUACAAGAUGAAGAAGUAAGUUUGCCUCAUGGUGAGCGAGAGCAAUGAUCCGGCUACCUCAGUGUGGCCUGCACUGACUGGCAGCAGCUCUCCAGAGAGUCAGGCAGGGAUCGUCCCAACUGCACCUGGAGAUGCUGGGGAUUGAUUUUAUAUACAGAACUGGGGUAAGAUUCCAGUCCUCAUGGGGCUAACAACCCCCCAUCCCCAUUUUAAAACUGAUGAUGCCAUAUAAUGGAUUGAGGUUGAAUCUAAACAAGAGAUAAGUACUGUUCUUGGGGGACAGGAGGCAGGCGGGUGUGGGGGACUCCUUGGUCCUGAAUAAGGCAACUGUACCCCGAAGGACCAGGUGCGCAGCCUGGGAGUCAUUUUGGACUCACAGCUGUCCAUGGAGGCACAGGUCAAUUCUGCAUCCAGGGCAGCUGUCUACCAGCUCCAUCUGAAACCCUCCCUGCCCUGUCUCACCAGAUUGUCCCAUGCUCUGGUUGGACUACUGCAAUGCACUCUCUGUGGGGCUACCUUUGAAGGUGACCCGGAAACAACAGCUAAUCCAGAAUACUGGUGACUGGGAGCGACUGCCGAGAACAUAUAACACCAGUCCUGAAAAACCAUCUCCCAGUACAUUUCUGAGCACAAUUCAAAGGGUUGGUGCUGACCCUUAAACCCCUAAACGGCCUCAGCCCAGUAUACCUGAAGGAGCGUCUCCACCCCCAUCAUUUUGCCCGGACACUGAGGUCCAGCUCUGAGGGUCUUCUGGUGGUUCCCUCCCUGUGAGAAGUGAGGUUACAGGAAACAAGGCAGAGGGCCUUCUCAGUGAUGGCACCCUCCCUGUGGAAUGUCCUACCAUCAGACGAGGAGAUAAAAAAAACCUAUGGAAGACUUAUGGAAAGCAACCCAGCCAGAUAGUUGGUGAUGGUGGUGGUUAUUCCCCAUUUGGGGAAUGCCUCUUCUUAGAGCAGAAUAAAUAACAACAACAACAUCAAUAAUAGAAUAUUUGUAUGAGAUUGUAUGGGAAAAAUAUGGAAUAACAGAUAAAAUUUUGCUUAAAAUGUAUAUAGGAAGUGCAGUGUAAGCGAUGGAAGUCAAUCAAUGAAAUUUUAUUAUUGAGAUAUUUGUAGAAUAAAUUUGGAAGAAAUUCUUCCAAUUUUUCUUCUUCUUCCAAAUUUUCUUCUUAUUUUUUCUUUUUCUUUUUCUUUUUCUUUUUUCUUUUCUUCCUUUUUUCUUUUUUGUUCUUUUUUAUAUCUGUGUGCUUAUCUGAAAUAUAUAUGUAUAUAUUUGCAGUAUUUUGCUUGUAUUUUGUAACAGUUAUGUUAAAUAAUUUUAAUAAUAAUAAUAAUAAUAAUAAUAAUAAUAAUAAUAAUUCCUCCACAUAUUGUUCCCUACACUGGGGAAAGCCUCUUCUUAGAGCAGGAAAGUAUUACUAUUACUACUACUACUAUUACUAUUAUUAUUACUAUUACUAUUACUAUUAUUAUUGCUGGUGCUGACCUUGAAAGCCCUAAACGGCCUCGGUCCAGUAUACCUGAAGGAGCAUCUCCACCCCCAUCGUUCUGCCCGGACACUGAGGUCCAGCUCUGAGGGCCUUCUGGCGGUUCCCUCACUGUGAGAAGUGAGAUUAUGGAGAACCAGGCAGAGGGCCUUCUUGGUAGUGGCACCCGCCCUGUGGAACUCCCUCCCACCAGAUGUCAAAGAGAACAACAACUACCAGACUUUUAGAAGACAUCAGAAGGCAGCCCUGUUUAGGGAAGCUUUUAAUGUUUGAUGUAUUACAGUAUUUUAAUAUUUUGUUGGAAGCCGCCCAGAGUGGCUGGGGAAACCCAGCCAGAUGGGCAGGGUAUAAAUAAAUUAUUAUUAUUAUUAUUAUUAUUAUUAUUAUUAUUAUUAUUAUUCCAGUUUGGUGAUGCCUCUUUCAAAUAGUCUUCCAAAGAGUCCUUUAAGAGCCCAGCCUCCUUUCCCUACUUCUUCUGAAAGGCCAAUGCCAACUGCCACCCAUCGCCAUAACCUCUGCUCCCCUCCUCCCUAGGAAGCACAUCGACGUGGCCAUCAAGAUCCUGAAAAGCGGGAACGAGAAAGCCGAGAGGGACGACAUGAUGAAGGAGGCGCAGCUCAUGCACCAGCUGGACAACCCUCACAUCGUCCGCAUGAUCGGCGUCUGUGAGGCAGAGGCACUCAUGCUGGUGAUGGAGAUGGCCUCCGGGGGAUCCCUCAACAAAUUCCUCUCCUCUAAGAAGUGAGUCGAUCCCACCGCAGAUUGGAUCUGCAGGUCCCGGGCGGAACUGCAAAUCCGGUUCCUUAUUUCCAAGGUUUAUGGACAACUCUUCUUCUCCAAAGAAGGUCAGAAAGUGGGUGGCAGAUCGAUGAAGCAAUUCAUCCGUUGAAUAAAAGGGGCUACAAAUAAGCCUAAUGCGACUUCCUUUAGAAUUGUAGGUUUGGAAGGGACCCUGAGGGUCAUCCAGUCCAACCCCCUUUCUGGAAUAGAAAUGUCUUUGUCAAGUUCAGCAAGGGAGGGGCCUGUCUCAUCUCAGCUGGGAGGGGGUUUUACGAUAUUGGGAUCACACUAUAGAACGCUUGGCUCCUGAGAGAUGUGAGCCACGGGUCUGAGCCACGGGACACCACUAACCAUAGAAGCAUAGAAAUGUAGGGCUGGGAGGGACACCUUCUGCAAUGCAGAACUCACACCUCACAAAUCCUUGACAGGUGGGCCCCCAGCCCCUGUUUAGAAACUUCCAUUGAAGGAGAGUUCACCACCUUCUGAAUGUUAGAAUUCCUGCUCCCUGAUUGCAGUCAUAGGGAUUGCUGUCUAUCACAUGACGGUGUAUGUUUUCAUUCCACAGAGUGGGAAGUGACGGAGACAGGAUGUUUGUGUUACUGUGUUCCACGAAGUGAGAUUAUUGUCCUUUGUUCUUUUUAUCUUUGCUGUCUGAUGCUAGAGAGAGAGGGAGCCAUGUUGCAGUGCUCCGUGUGUGCUUAUAUGUAAAUAAAGUAGAUUAGCCAAAAUGCUGAGUUCUGUUACGCGAACUGCGCAAACUCUGCGGAUCCCUGAGUGUGCCGAUGUCUGUUGGCAUUGGUUUCUGUGAUGUUCGGGCUCCCGAACGACCAACCAGGGGGGAGAGAACAUGCCAGUCGGGCAUGUGUCUCUGCCAGGGUCCUACUCGAGAGUAGGACAAGCUCCUCAUACUGAGGUCAUAGAAUUGUCAAGCUGGAAGGGACCCUGAGGGGUUGGACUAGAUGACCCUCGAGGUCCCUCCCAAAUCUGAUUCUACCAAACAAAAUACAAGUAAGACCUCCCUGGAAGUCUUCAGGCUAAGAAACUUUCUCCAUUUUGGACUUUUUGAGUGACAAAAGAGGAAGGCUGGGCCUGGGACGGAAAUGUAACAAAAUGCCAUUUAGCAGAAUAGUAUGAAAACUGUAAUUUUAAUUCCAGCCAGAAAUUUUCAUGGAGUGUUUAUAUUAAAUAAUAUAAUAAUGGUAGUACUAACAAUUGACAGAGAGGGUUGUGGAGGUAAGUUUCUUCUAUCUCUAUCUCUCUCUCCCCCCCCCAUCUUGCUUUUUCUCUUUUCUUAUUCUCUUGAUAUGUUGGUUUUUAUCAUUCUUUCAUACAUGAGUUCGGAUUUUAUUGUUUAAUAUCUUAAACACACACACACACACAAGUUUCCUCUUCCCUGUUCUAAAGCAAUUGGGUUCUCCAGCUCAGGAACCCUCAUUAAGUCAAUGCCUUAACCGUGGAAGAACUUUCUUUCCCACCCCUAGGGAUGAAGUCCCCGUGAAUAAUGUGGUCGAGUUGAUGCACCAGGUGGCCAUUGGCAUGAAAUAUUUGGAAGAGAAGAACUUUGUCCACCGAGACCUGGCUGCCCGGAAUGUUCUGCUGGUCAACCAACACUACGCCAAGAUCAGUGAUUUUGGGCUGUCCAAAGCUCUGGCCGCUGAUGACAGUUACUAUCUGGUGAGAAAUGAAAAACGGGCUAGGGAUCCAUUGAAGGUCAGAGAGUGAUCUGCUGGGAUGCAAGAAUGGUUUAGAUUAGGGCUGGGCGAUAUCUGGUUUUCAACACUGUGAUAUAUCACCAGCUAAACAUUGUCAUACACGGAUAUAUCACGAUGUCUGAAAUAAGGAAGGAGCUGGUUUUCAAAUUUGUGAUAUAUCAUGAGCUAAAUACCAAGAGAUAUAUCUCAAUGUCUGAAAUAAGGAUGGAGCUAUGUAGAGGCAUUGGCUGGCUUCACUGUUUCCCCCACAUUGUGAUUUUUGCAGAGCACACACACACACACACACACACACACCCCAUGAUUUGCAAUAUAUCACCAGGUCAAGAAUUAUGGAACCAAUAUCAUGAUAUGGACCUGAAACUGGCUUUGGAUGAUAUAUUGCCCAGCCCUAACACACAUCAUGAUUCGCAAUAUAUUUAUUGCCGGGUCAAAAACUAUGAAAUCAAUAUCACAAUAUGGACUUCAAACUAGUUUUGGACGAUAUAUUGAUAUAUCGUCCAGCCCUAGAGAUAUCUAAGGGAGGGGGGCAGAGACUGCUCAAUUAGAUCCUGAGAAAACAAGAAGGCAUUUGAUUAUAUCGAGGUGACUCCAUCUUCAGCAUGGUUAAAGUGUAAGCAAUAAGUUGUUGGUGGUGGUGGUGAUGGUGGUGAUGAUGGUGUUAUGAACUAGGACCUGAGCGAACAGGGUUCAAACCCUCAGUCAGGCUCACCUGGCAACUUUGGGGUGAGCCACAGUCUCUUAAUUUUCCUCAGAAUAAUAAAAAUGUGCCAAAGGAGACUCAUGCAUGCCAUCUUGAGUUCCUGGGAAGAAAUCUGGGAUAGAAAUGGAAUAAAAAACAGGUCUUGCCCAUUGAAAUGAAUUUCUAAUGACUUACCUCUGGAUCUGAGCUGUUGGGAAUCACAACUGGGGAGAGUUGCUGCCGUUGCAUUCAGAGGUCAGGGCAUAUUGUCAGACGCCAUGAAGAUAGGAGGGUGGACUGGAUGGGCCCCCCUUGUCCAGAUACAGCAGCCAGGCUCCUCUGAGUUUCUUACGACUGCUAAAUAGAGCUUCCAUGGGCAGAGGCAGUCUACUUUAGAAUGACGGUUAACAAAGGAGGGAGGAAGCCUUUGGUUGGCCCCUGUGAGGAGAGCAUGCUGGGCUAAGGUGGGGCCUGCUUGGGGAGAGCGAGUCGUCCACCCAAGUCUUCUCCUUCUGCAUCACGCACAUUACCUGGCGAUUCUUCACUGCCCCUCUUCUGUGCCUUUCGAUGCAGGCCAAGACAACAGGGAAGUGGCCGUUGAAGUGGUACGCCCCAGAGUGCAUCCUCUUCCGAAAGUUCUCCAGCAAGAGUGACGUCUGGAGUUACGGCGUCACAAUGUGGGAGGCGUUUAGCUACGGACAGAAACCCUACAAGGUGAACACCCCUAAGCUGAGUAGCUCGGGAGCCCCACACCCUGCAACAUUCCACCAGCCUCAUAAAAACUGCUAGCACAUUCGCAAACGAAGCAGAGUCUACUUUGGUUUCUAAUUGGACAGGGGACUGCAUGCUUCUGCACCGCAGGGGGUUGGACUAGAUGACCCUCGGGGGUCCCUUCCAACUCUACAGCUCUAUGAUUCCAUGAGAAUCCAUCUAUCUGUCCAUAAGAAUCUAUCUAAAGUAAAGGUAAAGGGACCCCUGACCGUUAGGUCCAGUCGCAGACGACUCUGGGGUUGCAGUGCUCAUCUCGCUUUACUGGCCAUGGGAGCCGGCGUACAGCUUCCUGGUCAUCUGGCAAACCAGAGCGGCACACGGAAACACCGUUUACCUUCCCGCCGGAGCGGUACCUACUUAUCUACUUGCACUUUGAUGUGCUUUCGAACUGCUAGGUUGGCAGGAGCAGGGACCGAGCAACGGGAGCUCACUCGAAUCAUUGCAGGGAUUCGAACCGCCGACCUUCUGAUCGGCAAGCCCUACCUAGGCUCUGUGGUUUAACCCACAGCGCCACCUGCGUCCCAAGAAUCUAUCUACCUAUAUGUUUAUUCUUAUUUAAUAAAAUUUAUAUAUAUAUAUUAUUAUAUUUAUUAUUUACCAUGCAGUUGUUGUUGUUGUUGUUAGAGCACGAGACUCUUAAUCAUAUGCAUUGCUGUGGGUUGGACUAGAUGCAUAGCUGUCAACGUUUCCCCCUUUUUAAAGGGAAAUUCCCUUAUUCCGAAUGGGAUUCCUUGCAAGAAAAGGGGAAAGUUGACAGCUAUGACUAGGUGACCCAGCUCUAUGAUUCUAUUAUACUCUGCUCUUAAGACAAACCAGUCAACCAGUUUCUCUGCCACCAUUCCACUAGAAAAUGAAAGGACCAGAGGUGAUAACGUUCCUGGAGGAAGGGAAGAGGAUGGAUUGCCCCCCCAAAUGCCCCCCGGAGAUGUACAAGCUGAUGGAGCAGUGCUGGACUUUCAAGUAAGACCCUUCUGCAGUGCUCUAAAUUAGCCGAGCCCUCUCAAAAACCAUACAGGGAUGGCAGGCCAAUAUCUGGGAUUCUUUUAGUUAAAAAAACAUUUAUUCAAAAGUUACAGUGCAACUUUCCCCUUGCCAUAAUAUCACUCUGUUAGCCAAGAAAUACCCACACCUGAUAUCUGAGACAGGGAAUGCUUCUUUGUGCAGAACAAAGUUAAGUUGUGGAACUCCCUGCUGCAGGGUUGGGAGAGGCCAGUGCAAGUACGAGCCUCCAGGAUGCCGGCGCCUUUUGCAACCUUCAAAUCUCGUUGACAAAUAUGCAGAUUCCCCCGCUUAAUUUUCUCCCUUCCGUUUCCCUCCCUUCCCAGGUGGGAAGACCGGCCGGACUUUUCCACGGUGGAGACGCUCAUCCGCACCUAUUACUACAGCAUCGCUGCCCGGACGGAGGAAAGGCAAGGGGAAAAAGUGAAAACUACGUCUGAUUGAGCUCCGGACACCUGCCCAAAUCCCUCUGCAGCCAAGACAUCUUUCCGCCUUUGGGAAGGGAUGCCUUGCAGGCUGCGCUGUUUCUCUGCGGCUGCAAAACCAGAGUUGGUGGCGACAAAGCUCAGUCUGCCCUCGCCCAGGCCCACAACUGCCUGCCUUCUUGUGUGCAACCAGCCCUCCUGCCUAUCAGCUCCCUCCCUCAUCCUUGGUCUUGAACAGCUUCUCUGCCUCUCGUUGACUCUGGUGCCCCCUACUGGUGGUCCUCCUCUUGUACACUGCACACUGUUGAUCCAAAUUCGGUAGCAGCUCCAGGUAUCCCUGUCCCUUCCCCCUCCCUCAGCGAAUAUGAACAUGAGAGCCUGCCGGAUCAAGCCAAUGGCCCAUCCAGUCCAGCAUCCUAUUUUCACAGUGGCCACCAUGCAAGCAGGAUCCGUGCGCAAGAGUUUCCGGCAACUGUUGUUCAGAAGCAUCGCUGCCUCUGAUUGUGGCAGCAGAGCCUAGAGAUUGUGGCUAGUAGCCUUCAUAGAAUACAAUUCAUUGGAAGGGACCCCCAAAGGCCAUCAAGUUCAAGAGUUAUCUGUUUUGUUAUACAUAAUGUACUUUUUAUUGACUUUCCUAAUUUUUCCAAAUGGACUUCAAUUUAAAUAGUUGCAUUGUUUCAUGUAUUGACUCCCCACUUCCAAAUUGUUUCUGUUUAUACCCUUUUCUACUGCAUUAUAAAUCAAACUCAAAUGUCUAAUACAAUUACUUUAUCAUUUUACUUUCGCUGCUCCGAUUUUGAAUCCUGCCUGCCAUUUCUUUCAUUCUUUUAAAUAUACAGUGGACACUCAGGUUGCGAACAUGAUCCGUGCGGGAAGCACGUUCGCAACUCACAGCGUUCACAAACCACAGCACCAUGUCUGCACACACCCCGGCUGUGAUUCGGGGCUUCUGCACAUGCACAAAGCACAAUUUAGCGCUUCUGCACAUGCGCAAGCGCUGAAACCCGGAAGUAACCCAUUCCGGUACUUCCAGGUUCGGCGUGGUGCGCAACCCGAAAAAAUGCAACCUGAAGCGGCUGUAACCCGAGAUAUGACUGUACUCCAUUCUUCUAUAAAAAGUUCACCAUUUUUACCUCUUAAUAUUCGUGCCAUCUUUGCAUAGCCACAGAAUCGUAGGGUCAGAAGGGAUCCCAAAGGAUCAUCUAGUUCAACCCUCUGCAAUGCAGGAAUCUUUUUGCCCAGCAUGGGACUCAAACCCCCAGCCCUGAGAGCCUCAAACUCUACCGACUGUGCUAUACCAGUCCAUUGAGUAAUCUCUUCACUGCGAAACCCUGCAAAGGAAAACCCUCUAAAGGAAAUAUAAAGGAGGAUGAAAGCAUUAAGAUUAUUUGUGUGCAUAGUUAUGGAUCUCUCUCACAUUAAUAACUCACCUCUUGGAUAUUUAAUUUUCAUUUGUAUCUUCAAAGAUGUUUCAUCAAGGCGUUUUUUUAACGGCUGAGGUCACUCGGCCCUUUUCUUUCUCCCUGCGGGGUCUGUGAAGGCCAGCCAGCCCUCACCUCUGAUCAAAGCAAGAGGCAAGCACAACACUUCUGAAAGGACAGGCAGCCAUCCUCUGCUAAAAGGUGACCAGCCCUGGAGAGAUAGAGAUCUGAUGUAUUGUAGUUACAGGUGAAUGCUUUAGGUUCUGACUGUAAUGUUAUGUUCUUGUUUGUUUAAUUCGGGGAUAGGGGGUGGGGUGGCGAUUGUGGCAAUGCUCAUUUAUGGUUUUGUAAGAACGCUCGUGGAGACGCGGGUGGCACUGCGGGUUAAACCACAAGAGCCUAGGACUUGCCAAUCAGAAGGCUGGCAGUUUGAAUCCCCGCGAUGGGAUGAGCUCCCGUUGCUCGGUCCCUGCUCCUGCCAACCCAGCAGUUCGAAAACACGUCAAAGUGCAAGUAGAUAAAUAGGUACCGCUCCGGCGGGAAGGUAAACAGCGUUUCCGUGCGCUGCUCUGGUUUGCCAGAAGCGGCUUAGUUCUGCUGGCCACAUGACCCGGAAGCUGGACGCUGGCUCCCUCAGCCAAUGAAGCGAGAUGAGCGCCGCAACCCCAGAGUUGGCCACGACUGGACCUGGUGUUUCCUGCUUGGCAGGGGUUGGACUUGAUAGCCCUUGAGGUCUCUUCCAACUCUAUGAUUCUAUGAUUUUAAUGGUCAGGGGUCCCUUUACCUUUAAGCACGAUCGAACAUUAUAAAUCACAGAAUGUGCAUAUUUGGAAGGCACGCCAAAGGUCAUCUAGUCCAAUCCCCUGCAAAGGAAGGACCACAGCCAAAAAGGUAUUUUUAAAAGGCAAAUCUGAAUAAGUUGCCAGUCUAGGGAUGGGGGGAAAGAUUGAUUCAGUUCACAUCCAAAGAGAAAUCUGUCAAAUUUGCAGUUUUGGAAGCAACCUGAGACCCAGAACACACCAAUCUUUCAAAAUUCACAGGUAUCUAAAUUUUGCGGCGUGGCUUGCUGACACACCACCAUUGACAGAAAUGGCAUACAGUAGUACCUCAGGUUAAGUACUUAAUUCGUUCCAGAAGUCCGUUCUUAACCUGAAACUGUUCUUAACCUGAAGCACCUCUUUAGCUAAUGGGGCCUCCUGCUGCCGCCGCGUGAUUUCUGUUCUCAUCCUGAAGCAAAGUUCUAAACCUGAAGCAUUAUUUCUGGGUUAGCGGAGUCUGUAACCUGAAGCGUAUGUAACCCGAGGUACCACUGUAUUAGGGGAAUAUGUGCACAAAAAAUAAUACAUUGUGGAAAAUAACAUCCGCAAAUUCAUUAUAAAAGGCUCAGGACUGCAAUAAUCCAGAAUGCUGCAACCAAACUGGUGACUGGGAGUGACUGUUGGGGCCAUAUGACAACGGUCCCACAUUGACUCUCAGUACAUUUCUGAGCACAAUUCAAAGUCCUAAACAGCCUCGGCCCUGUAUACCUGAAGGAGCGACUCCACCCCUAUUGCUCAGCCCAGACACUGAGGUCCAGCUCCGAGGGCCUUCUGGCGGUUCCCUCUUUGCAAAAUGUGAAGCUACAGGGAACCAGGCAGAGGGCCUUCUCGGUGGUGGCGCCCUCCCUGUGGAACGCCCUCCCGUCAGAUGUCAAGGAGAUAAAAAAACCCUAUAGAACUUUUAAAAGGCAUCUGAAGGCAGCCAUGUAUCGGGACAUUUUUAAUGUUUGACAUUUUAUUAUUUUUUUAUAUUUUGCUGGAAGCCUGCCAGAUGGGCGGGGUAUAAAUAAUAAAACUAUUAUUUACCAUAGAACUGUAGAGUUGGAAGGGACUCCAGUGGUCAUCUAGUCCAACCCCCUGCAAUGCAGGAAUCUCAGGUAAAACACCCAUGACAGAUGGCCAUCUCAGGUUCUAUUGCAUUUUUAAUAUUUUGUUGGGAGCCGCCCAGAGUGGCUGCGGCAACCCAGUCAGAUGGGUGGCACAUAAAUAUAAAUAUAAUAAUAACAACAGCAUUAAUAAUAACAAUAGCCCAACGAUCUCAUCUAGGACUUGUCCACACUUCCAGACGUUGCAUGCCUAGGAAGCAUGGCUCCAAACAGUUUUGCCCCUCUUUCCCCCUAGGGAACCAGAGAAAACCCGAUGGACACUUGAUCUGAUUCACCAGCAAACAGACAGUGGGGACUUCGAUGUCCACCUUACGUCUUGUUUCUCUUUCUUCCAUUUCAGAAGCCAGUGCAACUUUGUGGAAUUUGUGUGUAUUCCCCUCCCACCCCGCUUCUUUUCCAUUUCAUUCUGAAACUACUCCUCUGUCUUCCCCAGAAAUUACUUUUCCAUUCCGGAAAGCCCCCAGAAACUCCUGUGACGUAAAAGUUUCGAAUUCAGCCAUUGCUAAAUAGAACGCCCAUGAAUGAAUGAAUGGAAUCUGCAUACCCUUGUUAUAGGAAUUAUAAGGUUUUAUAUAUAAAAAAAUAAAAGUUCAUAAACGUACAAGGAAAACACAUACAUAAGUAUAUAAACCACGUGUCUGAAAUAGUACAGGAGAACAAUCCCGAAGCCAUUUUGACUCUCCCAAAUUGACCUCAAAUAUUUCUCUGCAAGGAGGAAGGAAUUGGGAAAAGCUUUCCAAUUGUCUUUGGCCUGUAGGGGCUGCUUACAGCUCCCUGCAAAUACAGUCUGGCAAGUAUCUGUUAAGCUGAGCACACGAUCAAUAUGUGUAAGAGAUUCAGGAAGUAUUUACCAUCUCCAAGGAAUGGCCAGGCUACCCAGAAAAGGCAAUUGAUAAGGCAUGAUCAGGUAUCCUGGCAGACAGGAGAGAAGCAACACGCUCAAAUUUCUGCUGGAGACCACCUCCUUCUGUGAUGUAUGUAUGAUGUUUUAGGGGGUGGUCUUGGGCUCCAGGGGGACAAUUUCAAAAGUCUAUAUAAGGGCUUGGCACACCAUUGUUCUGGGUUCCUCCUCCCUCCUGCGUGUGGUGAGUGAGGACCCUGUUGCAAGAGAUUAAUAAAGAUCAGAUUUACUAGC